CUGCAGCGCGCCGCCGAGCGAGCCUUCGCGGGGAGCCUCUGCCAGCCGCCCCGCGGAGCCAUGCCUGGGGCUGCGGGGCCAGCCCGGGGCUCCCCGGCUCCCUUCCUGCUGCUGCUGCUGCUGCUGCUGCUGCCCGCCCUGGAGCCAGCAGGCGGGAGAGGAGAAAACAACACUGUUGGCCCACAGCUGUACCAGGAGGAAAUAACGCUGCACUGGAAAGCCACAGGAAGCCCCCCGAUCAGUGUGAAGCACCCAUUCAAAGCCGAAGUCAAGCUGACAGUCGAGGGGAGAGAACUCAUCCUGGAUGUUGAGAAGAAUGAGCACCUCUUUGCACCAGGCUACACUGAAACCCACUAUACCCAGACUGGAAUGCCCCACACCAUCACUUUCAACCACACAGACCAUUGCUUCUACCAUGGCGUUGUGCGAGGCCUGGAACAAUCCAGCGUCACACUCAGCGCAUGCAAAGGGCUACGUGGUCUUAUAGUACUGAGCAGCAACCUCAGUUACAUCUUAGAGCCGGUCCCUGAUAGCCAGGAUCAACACGUGAUCUACAGAUCAGAACAUCUGAGGCUUCCCCAGGGGACCUGUGGAGAUCUGCACGAAGAGCCCACAACCACACGCUGGCUCAACACAUUGAGAGGCCGGGCCACAGCACAUCAUCACAGGGUGAAGCGGGAGGAUUUGCAGUCUACAAAGUACGUGGAGCUGCUGCUGGUGGCUGAUUAUGCAGAGUUUCAGAAGAAUAACUAUGACCUUCAACUAACGAAGAAUAAACUAGUGGAGGUUGCUAAUUACGUAGAUAAGUUUUACAAGUCCCUGAACAUUCGGAUUGCGCUGGUGGGGCUGGAGGUCUGGACUGACCGAAAUAAGUGCGAUAUAUCCGAGAAUUCACAUUCCACCCUUUGGUCCUUCCUGGCUUGGAGGCGCAAGCUGCUAGCCCGCAAAAAGCACGACAAUGCCCAGUUAAUCACUGGGAUGUCGUUCCAGGGCACCACAAUCGGCGUAGCCCCGCUGAUGGCCAUGUGCUCCGAUUUCCAAUCAGGAGGGGUGAACAUGGAUCACUCCGACAACCCCAUCGGCGUCGCUGCCACCGUGGCCCACGAGAUGGGCCACAACUUGGGCAUGAGCCACGACUCGGCUGGCUGCUGUGCCGCCCGCGCUGAGGACGGAGGCUGCAUCAUGGCUGCCGCCACGGGGCACCCAUUCCCCAGGGUAUUCAACACGUGCAAUAGGAAGAAGCUGGACAAGUACCUGCAGUCCGGCGGAGGGAUAUGUCUCGCCAACAUGCCAGACCCCAAUACUUUAUACGGAGGGAAGAGGUGCGGAAACGGUUACCUGGAGGAUGGGGAGGAAUGUGACUGCGGAGAAGUGGAGGAGUGCAAUAAUCCCUGCUGCAACGCCGUCGAUUGCUCCCUGAAGCCUGGCGCCGAGUGUGCACAUGGAACCUGCUGUCACCAGUGCAAGCUGAUGGCACCAGGAACUCUCUGCAGGGAGACGUCUAGACCUUGUGACCUGCCAGAGCACUGCACUGGCAAGUCAGCAUUCUGCCCAGCCAACUUCUACCAAAUGGACGGUACGCCGUGUGCAGGAGGGAGGGCGUAUUGCUACGUUGGCAUGUGUCUCACGUAUGAGCAGCAGUGCUUGGAGCUCUGGGGGCCUGGAGCAAGGCCCGCACCUGACCUGUGCUUUGAGAAGGUUAAUGCUGCCGGCGACACCUAUGGGAACUGCGGGAAAGAUGUCUACGGCACAUACAGGAAGUGUGAGACGAGAGAUGCGAAAUGUGGGAAGAUACAGUGCCAGAGCUCUGCUUCCAAGCCGCUGGAGUCCAGAGCUGUCUCGAUAGACACAACCAUCACGGUGGAGGGAAGGCCGAUCAAAUGUCGGGGGACUCACGUGUAUGGUGCUGAAGAGAGUGAAGGGGAUAUGCUAGACCCUGGCCUGGUGAUGACGGGAACAAAGUGUGGGAACAAUCAUGUCUGCUUCGAGGGACACUGCAGGAACACAUCCAUCUUUGACUCUGAAGGCUGUCAGAAGAAGUGCCAUGGGCGGGGAGUGUGCAACAGCAACAAGAACUGCCACUGCGAGAACGGAUGGGCACCCCCAUUCUGCAACAAACCUGGGAACGGAGGCAGCCUGGACAGCGGGCCCUUGCCCCAAGGAAGCCUGGUUCCAGUGAUAGCAGGCAUCCUGGUUUCCAUCUUGCUUUUGAUCGGAUUAGCAGUUGCGUUUUGCUGCUAUAAAUGGAGGGACAGACUCAGGCCUCUAAAAGAGACCAUCAUCUCUUCAAAAAGGAGCCAGCAGUUGGGCAGUGCCUCUGCUCCAGAUCAGUAUGGUGUGAACGGCCACGCAAAUCCAGCCUUCAAGCUGAAAACCCCACAGGAACACAGAAAGGCUACCGGCACCCCCGAAAUCCCAUCAAAACCUGCUGUGCUUCACCCCGAACCAGCCCCAGAUCUCAAAAUUAAUAUACAGCAACCACCUGCUUUCCCAGCCGGCCACAGCAAGGACACCAGGAAAUCCCCUGGUCCGGUAUAUCGGCUAGAUGGGAUUCCGAAGGACACUGCAAGACGAAUUCCUCCAACCAGGCCAGCACCCCCUGCUCCAAAACGCCUAGCCCCACAGGAUACUGCUAGGCCCCGCCCACCACAGAAAGCUUUGCCGGCUAACCCCGUCCCUACUGGACCCAGGACUGUGCCAACGAUUAACACCACAACGCUACCGCCACCUGCUGCUGGAAGGCGCCCAGGACGACACCCACCACUGGCAGAGAAUUCAACAGUGAAGCUAGCCGGAGGAGUAAACGCCUUGAAAAAAUGAUGGCCAGGCACUCUGUGCCGCAGGGCUGGGGUCAUCCAGCCAAACAGGGAUUCUUUCCAUAUCGACUUGGGAUCUCACAAGGAACUGGAUGUCUUUGUCACCAGGAAGCAGAUACACAGGUCAUGUACAGAGCUUGAUCUUCUCUCCCCUGGCCCCAUGUUUCCCACCUGACUCACUGGGCCACAUCCGGCCCUGCACAAAUGGAUGUCGCUAUCAUGGAAUCAUAGAAUAUCAGGGUUGGAAGGGACCUGAGGAGGUAUCUAGUCCAACGCCCUGCUCAAAGCAGGACCAAUCCCCAACUAAAUCACGGUCCUAGUGUAGGCAGAUGCAACACCUAGUGACACCAAUGGGAAUUGCAUCAAUAUACACCAAGGCUGAAUUUAGCCCACUGUGCCUUUGGCUUCCUGCAAUACAGGAGUUACUUGAUUAAAAUGGCAGUGACAUAUUAUUGUGCAAUUUAUAAUGCAGAAGAGGAGGGCUGGGGAGAGAGAAUGCUCCAUAUUUUAAAAAAAUGUGACCUCACCCACCUUGUGUCUCUAAUAUCCUAGGACAAACAUGGCUUUACCUACACUCUAUAUUUCAUCAGUAAGUUAGUGCUCCGGUGCUCAGUGAUCUGAACUUGUCAGCUGCUGGACUUGACAGGCGGUGCUCUAAGGAUCAAGCCACUCUGCUUCCCUCGGUCUGUCCAGAGCAGCCACAGCUGUGGGGGGGUCACUGCUACAUAGCUAUCAAAGUCUUCAGUCCGUUCUGUUUCCCUGGGCAUUGACCGACUGGCCAGCAGCGGGGAAGGAAACAGUGGAAAAUAUGCCAUGCUGAAGUAACCUGGGCUUGCUGAUGAAUUUGGGCUGGAACCUCCUCCCAACCAGACCAUCCCUAGCAAGACCCUUUCCAUCAUGGCCAGUCGGUUGUAUUGCGUUAACUGCUUGAUUCCUCUGUCUUGUCUUGUUGAUGUAAGUGUAAGAUCUAGUGGCAUUUCCAGCUUGGUUUAUGUGCCCUUAUCAGUGUCGUUGGACUCAGACUAGGUACUACAGAAAUACUCUCUAAAGAAAAUACAGGGUGAACAGUCAAAUGGGGGUGGUGGCACCUUCCUGCCAUAAUGUGGUACCACAGCUGACCGGACCAGUACACUGUCUGUAUAUAGCCCAUCAGCCUCCGUUCUGUGUUGAGCAAUACAGAGCAACACUGGGUACCUGGUCACCAGACUAACAAGAAACGUAACUUUAAAGCUUCCCCGUUGGGAGAGCAAUGGAAGAUUUAUAUGACACAUGGUGCUUUUGUUGGACAGCUGAUUGAAGCCAAACUCUCCUCUAAAUGGACCUGGUGGAGGCAGUUGUCCAUGUGCACUUUAAACUGAAGGUCCUAAUCCUAGGGCCUUAACGUUGUGAAUUUUUUUUUUAACUGAUUUGGGUUCCCACACAUUUUAUCUCAAGAUUUUAGAUUUGGAACAUUUUGUUCCCCCAGCAAUUUUUCCAUUUUCCUUGAAAUUACUUCAUGUGUGAACAUCAGCAAUUCUGGAGCUAGAGACACAGAAGCUGUCAUGGCCAACUUGCUAUGAAUAGAAGUCUUCAAACCAAAUAGUCCAGGCUGCACCGUGUAAGAAACCCUACGAUUUGCUGCAAAAACCUGUUCUGGGCUGUGAUUCCAUUAUUGCUACCUGACCAUGAAGAAAUACCUCUGAACAUUCA